UGAAUCCACGCGAGAUUUCUCGGCGAGAUCUUGCUGUUUUCAACAUGGCAGGCAGCAGGUUUGUGCUAGAAGGGAGGAUAAGUAUUAUUAGCUUUAUCUCAGGACUGGGCGUCAUCAUAAUACCUUUACUUGUGAAAUUCGGCUCUCACAUUGACUGGAUAUUCGAUUACCUCACGGAUGUGAACGGGAAAAUAGCCAUUGCGGUGUAUAUCACAGUUAUCAAUGGCUUCCUACUAAUCAUAUACAAGGGACCUUUAUACAAGGUGGCUGUUCGAGCCUGCUUUCUUGGAUUUGCCUUUGGAUGCGGUCUCAUUUUAAGUUUUGCAGAUACAACAUGGACAUACUUUGGCUGGUAUAUGUGUUCACUGUCAUUUUUUCACUACUCUGAGUACCUGGUAACUGCCAUGAUCAACCCGCGCAGUCUGUCUCUAGACUCAUUCCUGCUCAACCAUAGUGUUGAGUACGUAGUAGCAGCUAUUUCCUCCUGGAUCGAGUUCACUGUGGAACAGCUCCUUAUUCCAGAGAUAAAGCAGGUGAACUGGCUCUGUCUGGUGGGUCUGGUGAUGGUUCUCUGUGGGGACAGUCUGCGCAAAGCUGCCAUGUUGACAGCAGGAUCCAACUUUAACCACAUAGUACAGAAUGAGAAGGCCCAGACCCAUAUGCUGGUCACCACUGGAGUUUACGCUCUCUUCAGACAUCCUUCCUAUGUGGGCUGGUUUUACUGGAGCAUUGGCACUCAGAUAAUGCUGUGCAACCCAAUAUGUAUACUAGGAUAUACAUUCGCCAGCUGGCGGUUCUUUCGGGAGCGUAUUGAGGAAGAGGAGAUCUUUCUCAUCCAUUUCUUUGGAGAGGACUACGUUGAGUAUAAGAAGAAGGUCUUUACUGGCUUGCCCUUCAUCUCAGGGAUCAGGGUUAACUCCUAAAGCCUGUACUGCAUUGA